AUGGCAAAAGAGAGUCAAAAGAAGAGAAAGCCGCCUCCAUCACAAAAGAGAUCGACAAAUAAAGGAACGUCAAGCACAACAAUUCUCGCCAGUGUAGGGAUGGUCACACUGUUCCUCUUCGGUUUUGCUUUUGUUUUUGGUAAAUCGACAGAAUGGCAAUUCUACGGCCCCGGCCUAAGUAGAACAGCGGCUACUCCUACCAGAUAUUUCUACGCUAGACCUGUAGAUUCAUCAGGUUCUAUUAUUGAUGCUCGAAACUUGAAGAAAGAGGACAUCAAGUGGGAGGUGCUGGCAAAAAACGGCAACGUGAAAGUCGAUAAGGAGAUUGGCUUCAAGUUUGACGGGUCGAUCUUCUUCAGAUAUCGGAUGCGCGGAUCCGCUCCAAAUGGCAUUAUAAUAAAUGUGCGGUACAAGAAACAGCAGGUUUUGAGAAAAAUUCUUCCCGAGCCAAUCUACGACGAGUCCUGUUACUGCCCAUCAACCUUGGAGCAGUUCUACAAAGAAUUCGACUGUCCUUCGAACUUCGACCAGCUGGACGAAGAUUUAGCCCAGUUUGGCGAAAUUGAUCUAGACCGACUUUACAAAGAUGGAAAAAAGAAGAAAUGGGCAGCAGGAGGACACGGUGAAGCAACUGCUCAUGUUGUCAUCAAAGAUCAAGAACUUUACGUCGAGGAUUUCGGAACUAUAAUGGGCUUUAGGGGCUUCAUGACUUCGAUGUUUUUGAGUCUACUGAGAAAAGCCAAAUUGCCAGAUGCCGAAUUCAUCUUUAACCUCGGCGACUGGCCGCUGGAAGAGAACAUGACGGAUCCGCAGCCGAUUUUGACCUGGUGCGGUUCCGAUAACACGACAGACAUUGCACUUCCGACAUGGGAUCAGACGAAGAAUACGAGACAUGCGCUGUUUCGAGAGAGGAAAGACAUACAAUACGUUGAACAAAUAUCAGGGGAAGUUGUUCCUUGGGAGGAUAAGAUAGAACGGGGCUACUUCCGCGGACGAGAUUCGAAUCCUUCCCGCCUAACACUUUGUGAACUUUCGAUGAAACAUCCUGAGGACAUCGACGCCAGACUGACGUGGAAUCUGCACAAUAAAAAGUAUCAAGUCCUUGUGGAUGGCACUGUUGCGCCCUAUCGUACAGCGUUGUUGAUGCAAAUGGACUCGGUGAUUCUCAAGCAAAAGUCGAUGUAUUACGAGUGGUGGUAUAGAUAUAUGAAGCCGUGGGAGCACUUUAUUCCAAUUGAAGAAGAUCUAUCCGACCUUCGAGAGAAAAUCGAAUGGGCGAGGAACAAUGACGAUAAAGCUCGCCGAAUUGCUUUGAACGCCAAUGCUCUUGCUGCCCAAUGGAUGAAUCCAGAGUUUAUGUACUGCUACUACGCAAAGACUAUUGAGCUUUACAGUAAGAAGCAGUCGAGGCCUGUAAAGGUGACAGAGAACCAUGAACAUCUGACGCAAGAAUCUGACCCAGAUCUCAACAAUCAGUGGAAAAAGUACUUCAGUGAAAAACCCUGCGACUGCCAAAAACGAUCCAGAGACGAAUUAUAA